AUGACAGCGCACUUCUACGGAACAAAGAAGUACGUUCUGAAUGUCCUCCAACGCCCCGACCUCCAUCAGCAUCAUGCAGACUUGUACGCAGCUUCUGUAGUCUUGCAGAUAACAUAUGGCAAACCCGCUCCAUCGUCAUUUGAAGACCCCGCUAUUGUUGCCAUCCACAAAAUUGCGGACCGCUUCCUGGGCAUGCUGAAGCCCGGAGCCUAUCUAGUAGGACGUCUGCCAUGGCUGCGCUAUGUUCCUGGAUAUGCACCCGAAAUCAAACGGUACCGCAAAGAGGAGUUGGAGGUGCACCUGGGACAAGUAGAUGCAACCCGUCGGUCUGUGGAGGAGGGAUCGGAUCUGCCCUCGUUUGUGCGUUAUCUCGUUGAGAACCCCGACUCGCACGGGCUAGACGAGGAGACACUCGCAUACUUGGCAGGGCCUUGUACGACCUCUGUCGGGAUGUAUACAAUUGUCAUGGCUGCCGCACUUUUCCCUGAAGAGCAGGAAAAGGUUUUGGCUGAGAUUGACGGCGUUUUUGGUGGUCAAAAGGCUCUGCGUUGGCGGCCAAUUCUACCCAUAUGUCUCUACCAUCAAGCCUUCGCUAACUUCGUCUGGAACGGAUACCAUAUCCCAGCGGGUGCGACAAUUAUCGGGAACAAUUGGGGCAUCUCUCGCGACACUGAAGUCUUCCCCGAUCCUGAGACGUUCAACCCCCAGCGCUGGCUCAACGACCAAGGCCAAAUGAGGCCCCAGAACGAGAUCCGGUUUUUCACCUACGGCUUUGGCAGACGAGUAUGCCCGGGUCAGUACGUUGCCAGCCGCUCGCUUUUCGUGACAAUGUCAUUGCUCUUCUGGUCAUUCCGCAUCUCGCAGGAUCCGUCGCAGCCAAUCGACUCAAACGCGUGA